UCGAUCUGACGUCGCGCGAGUGACAUGUAUAAUAGCUGGUGAGUGUAUCGAGCAUCAACGAUCGUCAACAAAUAUCGACAAGCACUUGACUGAUACAGACAACUCCAUAAGUUAUAUACCGUGAUAGUGACAUCGACUUGCUUUACGAUAAAGUACCAAGAAAGGUGUGUAAGUCACGCGCGUGAUAUAUGUGACAUAGUGCUAAAUGUCUUCCAGAGCUGAUGAACACGCUGCUAAUUAUCAACGUUUUAAUAAUGACACAAAUCAAUCUUUGGAACAAGACAUUUCUCAUGGAUCUACCCAAAAAUAUGGAUCUAUGUUAUCUUCCCCAGAAAGUCAUGUGAGAGUAUCCUUCAAUGAAACUGGAAAUUCUAAUAAAAUAAAUUAUAAAUUAUAUGUUGAUGGAAUGGAUCAUUCUAAUGUUCCGGAGGAUACUACUAUUAUUUCUCAAGGAGAACCAUUGGACAUUGAUAUGCACUGGGAAAUGAAUUAUCAUGAAGCUGCUAUUUUUUUAGAAGAAGGACGAAAUAAUGAAAAAUUUGAUUCACAUCCUAGACAUCCAGAGGAUUUACCAGCAUAUCUGUUAGUUCAUAAUAAGUGGUAUUAUGGAUUAGAUUUAUUAACAUCUCUUAUUCUAUUAGCUUUAGCAUUUGUUGAAGAACCAGCUGUAUCGUUAUUCCAAAUGCCUGUGUGGGCUCAUAGUACAAUAGAACUCUUUGCUUUAAUUACUAUCGGUAUAGAAUUAGCUUUGAAACUUAGAUGGAUCGGAUGGGGAACUAUGCUAAAACAUAAACGUACAAUGAUAAAGUGUAUUACUCUAGCUAUUAUGUUCCUAGAAGCAAUGGUAGUUCUAGUGCGGCAGUCUUCUCAUUUUAGAGUAACACGAGCUUUAAGACCCAUUUUCUUAGUAGAUACAAAAUACUGUGGUGGUGUUAGAAGAUUUAUAAGACAGAUAUUAUUAACGUUACCACCAAUUUUGGAUAUGUUAGGACUUCUUUUAUUUUUCAUAUCUGUCUAUACAGUAUUGGGUUAUUAUAUGUUUUCUGAAAUGAAUAGAAAUUUUUCUACAUUGGAAAAUAGUUUCGUAAGCUUAUUUGUUCUUCUCACCACAGCGAACUUUCCAGACGUAAUGAUGCCAUCUUAUUCAAAAAAUAAGUGGUAUGCGAUAUAUUUUGUAUCAUAUUUAUCUACCAUGUUAUAUGUAAUGAUGAACUUAAUGCUAGCAGUUGUAAAUGAAACAUUUACAUCAGCAGAACGAGAUAAAUUUAAAAAAUUAUAUUUACAUAAAAGAAAGGCCUGUCAACAUGCUUUUAAACUAUUAGUUUCAAAGCAAAAUCCAGAUAAAAUGAAAUUUCGUCAAUUUGAAGGCUUAAUGAGAUAUUAUGCACCACAUAAAUCCACAAGAGAUAUUGUUUUAAUGUUUCGUUACAUGAAUAUCUCUGGAAGUGGUGCAUUGAAUUCUGAAGAAUUCUUAGUAGUGUAUGAUGCCACAAUGCUUCAAUGGGAAGUAGAAUAUUCUAAUAUACCGUGGUAUCAUACAGCAUGGCAACCUUUACAAAUACUGUGUGUUGGUGCUCAUACUGUUAUUAGAUGGUCAUACUUUGAAAGUUUAGUAUACAUAAUAAUUAUAGGAAAUGGAAUAGCAAUGAUAAUUCGAUUGAUACAACCAAGUGAAAAUCUUCAAAUAUCAUCUCACAAAUUUGCAGCUUGUUGGGAUACUUUGCUUUUUGGAAGUUUGUUUGUAUCAGAAGCAUUAGCAAAAAUAUUGGGCCUUGGGAUAAAGCGUUAUCUUAGUUCUGGAUGGAAUCUUUUUGAUUUAGGAGCUUCAAUUAUGACUCUAGUUGCUGCGUGUGGACUUAUUUUAUUUCCAAAUACUACGUUCUUAGUAUUGUUCAGACCUUUGAGGCUUCUAAGACUUUUCAAGAUAAAAAAGCGUUAUCGAGAUGUGUUCGGUACACUUGUUAUAUUGUUUCCCCUAAUGUGUUCCACUGCUAUUGUUAUGCUCGUUUUAUACUAUUUCUUUGCUAUCAUUGGAAUGGAAUUAUUUGCUGGAUAUGAUAUGAGAAAUUGUUGCAAGAAUACAACUGUAGAGGAUUUUUAUAAAUAUUCUGCUAAUGAAAGUACAGCAUUAGGAUAUUAUUAUCUCAAUACGUUUGAUAAUUUAAUAGCAAGUAGUGUGACACUUUUUGAAUUGACUGUUGUUAACAAUUGGUUCAUAUUAAUGAAUGCAUAUGCUUUUACCGUUGGUAUGUAUACCCGGUCAUACUUUAUGACAUUUUACUUGAUAACCAUGAUCGUCCUUACAAUCGUGGUAUCCAGUUUCUUAGAAGCAUUUAGAUUUAGGAUACAGUAUAAAAGAUCAACAUCAAAACACGAUGGUAAGUUAUACAGCGAUAUAAUAUUAACUCUCAAAAUUAUGCAAUGUAUAUGCAUUAUCGUUUAUUAUUUUUCUGUAGAAGAAAAAAUGUUACACGAGGAAGUAGAAUUAAGAUGGAAUGAAUUACAGUGUAUAAUAGAAGAUGUUCAAUUUCUCGAGGAUUUACGAUCUUCUUUAGUUAUUGGCGGCACUACUCUUUUUAUUGGCUCGCGACCUCGUACCAGAGAGGUUUUACAACGAAAAAUGUAUACGAAUGAAAUAACUGAAUGGAUCACAGAAGCUAAAUUGGAAGAACGCCAAAAUGAUAUUACUGUAAUAAAUGAUUACACAGAUAACAGAGAAAGUAACGAUAUUCUUGAUUCUGAACUUGUUUUACAUCGAAGAUCGCGAUCUCCACAACGUAACGGUGUAUGCACCUAACAAUAUUUAGUAAUAAUUAUUCAAUUGUACAAAUUAAAUUCGUCGAGAAUUUUCAUCACUUAAUUCAAUUUUUAAUAUCAUCUCAAACAAUAUAAUAUCUUCUUUAUUUAGAAAGUUUGUUGCAGUUAAUUAAAAUAAGAAUUACUACAUCUGUUCUUAUAUUUCUAUUUUAAAGAAACAAUUUUU